UCAGAACCAUCCUCAGUAAGGAAAAAAGAGCGUUUCAAUCGGUUAGAGGCUUUUGUCAGUGCGGAAACUGUAGUGUCCAGAUUCAUCAAAAAAUCUGACAACUUUGAAAGUUUGCUUAUAGGCAUUAGUCGGAGUCUUACGUGAAAGCUAUUGCUUCGUUGAUUUUUUUUUUUAUCACACACGUUGCGGCAUUUGACGUACGGGGUACAAUUGACUGCCUUUUACCGUAGUGUAACGGCGAUCUUAGAGAAAUGUUUCGUCUUCAAACGAUUGGAAGAGGAUAUCUCUGUAGCGGCAUUUUAGAACAGUGUUCAUCUGAAUUCACCACAAAGACACUACGGCACUUGUCGUCGGUAUGGAAACAAUCGCGGGAUAUAGAAGUGGAGGGAGUAAAAAGUCUGAGUACUGCUGAGGCAUCGGCAGUCAUGCCCAAAGAUGAAAAUGGAAGGAUCCGGGAUAGGAUAUUGACACUUGAAACGAUGAGUCCGUUGGUGAAAGCCGUGGAGUACGCUGUUCGCGGUCCAAUCGUUAUUAAAGCCGGGGAGAUUGAAAGGGAGCUUAACCAGGGAAUUAAAAAGCCAUUCACGGAAGUAAUUAGGGCUAACAUUGGAGAUGCUCAUGCUAUGGGCCAAAAGCCAAUUACCUUUCUUCGGCAGGUAGUUGCUUUGAGUACAUUUCCAGAGUUACUAGAAAGUCCGUCUUUUCCAGAAGAUGCCAAGAACAGAGCUCGCAGAAUUCUACAGGAUUGUGGAGGCAAUAGUUUAGGAUCAUACAGUGCAAGUCAGGGGUUGGAAAUUAUACGUGAAAAUAUUGCAACAUACUUGGAGCACAGAGAUAAUGGCAUUCCUGCUGAUCCAAAUAAUAUUUACCUCACUACUGGGGCCAGUGAUGGCAUUAUGAGUAUUCUGAAGUUGCUAGUUACAGGAGAUGGUCUGUCACGCACUGGUGUGAUGAUCCCUAUCCCUCAGUACCCCUUGUACUCUGCAGCAAUAUCUGAACUAGGUGCAGUCCAAGUGAAUUACUACCUUGAUGAAGAUAACUGCUGGGCACUUGAUGUUAGUGAACUACAUAGAGCAUUGAGUUCUGCCCGGAAGUAUUGCACCCCAAAAGUAUUAUGCAUCAUUAACCCAGGAAAUCCAACAGGUCAAGUGCAAAGCAGAAAAUGCAUUGAGGAUGUUAUUCACUUUGCUUAUGAGGAGAAGCUUUUCAUUCUGUCUGAUGAGGUUUAUCAGGACAACAUUUAUUCUCCAGAUUGUCAGUUCCAUUCUUUUAAGAAGGUUCUCUUUGAAAUGGGACCAGAAUAUUUCAACAAUGUUGAACUAGCAUCUUUUCAUUCCACUUCUAAAGGCUACAUAGGCGAAUGUGGCUUCAGAGGUGGUUUUAUGGAAGUGGUCAACAUGGAUCCUGACGUAAGGACUCAGAUGAUCAAGCUUCUUUCUGUCCGCUUAUGUCCUCCUGUGUCUGGCCAGGUGGCUAUGGAUGUUGUAGUGAACCCCCCCCAGCCAGGGGAACAAUCCUUUGAACAGUUUGCAAAGGAAAAGAAAACAGUUUUAAGAGAACUUGCCAGAAAGGCCAGGCUGACUGAGGAGAUUCUGAACAGUGUUCCAGGAAUAAAGUGUAAUCCAGUUCAAGGAGCCAUGUAUGCCUUCCCAAGAAUUUUUAUUCCACCCAAAGCCAUCCAAGAAGCCAAGGCACUCGGAAUGGCUCCAGACAUGUUUUACUGUUUACAAUUAUUAGAGGAAACAGGCAUAUGCGUCGUUCCUGGCAGUGGAUUUGGACAAAGAAAUGGAACAUACCAUUUUAGAAUGACCAUUCUUCCUCCAGUAGAAAAACUCAAACUGUUGCUAACUAAGGUCAAGGAGUUUCAUAUUAACUUUUUACAGCAGUAUGCUUCAUCCGAGUCGACUUCAAGAUGAAUGGUGGAAACUAAUAAAAAAAAAAUAUUUUUUUACUCUUGGAAUACUAUGCAGAAUUAUGUUAGUAGGAAGGUUUAAAACUUAUGCUAAUUAUUCACACACCCCCUGCAAAGAUGCAUGGUAUCUGCCCUCAUGAUUCUAAAGAUAUACUUAAAUGCAAACCUUCUAUUUUAUUGUUCAGCACAUUGUAAACUGUCUUAUGAAAGCAUCCAUGGUUUAUGAUCCUAGGUGCAUUUAAUGUUUGUGGAAAUAUGGUACAAUUCUGUAAAGCAGCUUGCUGAAACUGUAAAAGUCUGAAUUUUAUAUAUAAAAAAAAAGACAAAAUAAAAUAAACUACAGUACUCCACAUUAUUAUGAAAUGCUUGUAAACAGGAUCAUGUAAAUUAUGAAAUGCUGUUAUUUUUUAAUCAAUUUAAAUGCUUUAACUGUGUGCUUAUUUUUAUAUUGGCUAACACAAAGUAUUUCCUAGAGCUAGGCUAUAGGUUAAUUAUAUAAACUUUUAUAUAUUGUGCCUACUAAUAUUUAAUAAUUGUGUGCCAUAUAUCUUACCAUUUUAAAAAUUAAUAGUUAACUAGCAAAACAGACAAAAAUAAAUAAAAACCAAUUGACUUGAUGAACAAAACUUGUAAGCUUCCAAGCAAACACACAGACAAUACUGUACAGCAUAUGUUUGCAACAGGCCCUGUUAAUUUGAAACCAUAUCUAGGCUUUAAAGUUGGUUUUAUGCAACAGAGAAAACUUUUAAACAUAAUUGUAGUUUCAACUGAAAACAAUGCCUUAACCAGCUGUUGGUGUAUGAAACUGGAUCUGAAAGCAUUAUGUUAAAGAUAUAACAGUUUGGCUAGCCCUGUGGCUGUAGUGAAACAGAAAUAAUAUAUGUGUAUGUAUCUGCUAAGAGCACUUUGUAAAAUACAUAAAGAGAAAGUAACUGCACACAUAGCAUGAUAUCUGUUAAAUAUUAUAAAUGUAAUGUAUACAUUACAUGAAAUUUCUAUUUGCUAUUUGUUAAGCCUAUCAGAAACAUUGAUUUAAAUAAUUAUUUUAUGGGAUAAAUAUAUUAAAACAAAUGCACUUAUGUUAAAGUGUUUGUGUACUGCUACAGAAAUAGAAAUACCUUUCUUGGCCAAGGAAUCAUGAGACCAGAGCACUAAUCUUGGAAGUCAGCAAAGGCAAAUAAUGUAACAGAAGGUGCCGAACACUAAAACACUUCUUAACUGGCAUGGAUCCUAUAAUUCUAAGUUGUUGUGACCUUUGGCUGGUUCAAGCCAUACACAUCUAUUUGUUUUGCCAGACACUAAUAACUAGUAAUAUCAGUUCAUGAAAAAGGAAUUCAAUCAAAGAAGCAAAAACACAAAUUAACAACGCUUUUUUCUAGUACAGAGUCAUUUACUAAUCUAUCUAUACAUCCAAAAAAAAAAAAAAAAUCAGCCUAACAGAUCACAUGUACUUGUUUGUAUUUCUUUCCUGAUGUUUGAUAAUUUUCAAGCUAUGUACUGAAGCCAUCGUGUACUUUCUUCUCUUCUAGUACUACAUUUUCUGCAAAAUGUUUGAGUGAGCAAUAAAUUUGCCAAAGGUUUAACACUAUGAAAUAUA